AUGACUGCGGAGGUUGUUGCGCAGGCAGAGGCAGCAGCUGCGCGGGUAAAGGCGGCGGCUGCACAGACGGUGGCAGCGACUGCUGUGCAAUCAUCGGCGACGGCGGCUGGAUGGACGCUGGUGUUGCGGGCAGCGGCGACUGUCCCGGAGCGGGGUCCGCCGUUGGCGAGGGCUGCCGUCUUCCCUGGGAGAGGCGAGGGAUACGCCUCCGGGGUGGCUGCCGCGGGAGGUGGAACUGGGACGUCCGGCGCGGGUAGGGCAGAAGUAGCCCUUAUCAGAGCGCGGGGUACCCGGGGAAUAACGUCCCUCAUCGCUCUGACACCUCGGUUAGCCAGCCGCUCGGGCCGAAAGAGGUACCGCCCUAAAGGCGGUCGCUGCUCUCCAGUGUGUGGCUCCGGGUCCGGGAAGAGGAAGAGCUCCUCCUCUUCGUCCUCGCUCGAUGGCCAUAACAUCGCUACGGGGCACUCCUUCCUUCGGACCGGCUCCAGGGCAGUAGCCAGUUCGGGUACCUUUUCCUCGUUCUCUGGAGGGAGCCAUGUAGGGGAGAGCGAGCAGGCUCCCAGACGGAUUGUCUCCUCUGGGACCCUCUUCUUCCUCCGCUUACUCUUCUUCUGUUGGUCCGUCAUUCUGUCACGAUCCGGAAAUACUGGAGACGGCGAUCGUGCGGGAAACAGGCAAGGGAAACCAGUAGUGUUUUACAAUCCUGCUGACUGCAUACACUGCGACAAGUUCGUCGAGGGUUUUCCUGCAAAACUUAAGGAACUUCGAAAAACUUAUUCCAGGAUAAAGAAUUAUUAUGAAGCCAAUGACAACACAGAUACUGCACUACUAGAUGAGACAAUUCUUCAAGACUUUAAAAGCCCCUCCGGGUGCCACGCAAUGAAUGACAUCCUUCGGUUUUACCUGGACACGGUCCUGCCGACGGCGGCCACGAAAGCGCCCCAUAAGCCUGACAUCAGCAUCAUCUCGGGCAUCUUCAGCGGCCUGAAGAAAGACGUAAUCGCCUGCAAAAAGUACUUUUCCUGCAAGAAACCCUUUUCCCUCGAAAUCAUCACGUCUACAUACAAAAACAUGAAUGUUGAUGGGCUGUACAAAGCCAUGGGAGAACUGGACUUGCUCUUUAAUUACAUUGAGGAGUAUCUGGUUUCAAAAAGGAGCAGAAAAUGACAGCCUGCUACAGGACUGGCACCCUGGACCAGAACAAAGCUUGAUUUUAAAGAAUUAUCACACUACCGAAAUCCUUAAACAUUUGUAGCUUUGUGUGGCCUGGGCUGCCCGGACAUAUAUGGAAAAGCAAAGUUCGAUUCGAACUGAUUUAUAUCAAAUGAGUUUUGCAUUUGCACUAUUUGUUGGAUAUUUCUAUUUAUUUCUUAUUAAUGGAGAUUUAUGAUAUUCUGUUUGGGCACUUGGGUAUUAUUUCUUGGUUUAUACAUUUUAUAAUGUUUUUUUUUAUUUUUUAAUAUUUAUAUUUGAGUAUUUAAGUGUUAAUAAAUGGUACAUUUAAUGAA